AGUCUUCUGCAUGUACUUGCUUGUUUACCUUCCUAACCAUUUAUUUCAUGAUUUCUUGAUUUCUGUUUAUUCCUUAGGCCUUAGGAAGAGCAUCUUGAGAAUACCUUGCUGGCCAAUAAUAAUGAUGAGCUCAAGCUACUGGAGUGAAACUAGCAACAAUAGCUGUGGGACCCAGCAGCCUCCAGAGGGGCUUCAGGGUCAACCUCAGCAUUACCACUGCUACCAUCAGUCAAGCUUAAUCCAGCCACCUCCAGAAAAUAAUGUUGUAUAUGAGAGAGUGCAGACAUUCAGUGGGCCCAUGAACAAAGUGGUUCAGGCCUUGGACCCCAUCAGCUCACAGGAAGCUCUCUCCCCUAUCAAAACUUCCUCCCUCCAAAAUUUGGUUUGGAGCAACCAUUCCCAGGAACUUCAUUCUCCGACUUUGAAGAUAUCUACUUAUAGGCCAAGCACUCUACAUGCAACCCCAAAUAUUGAGCAGGAAAUUCAUGCUCCAUUAGUGAAAGCUACUACAUAUCCACAAAGUACUAUUAGGCAAUACAUAGUACAAAAUCCUGAGCAGGAAUCACUGUCUCCGUUCUUAAGAGGAGGUCAUUACUUCCCAGGAAACAAUGUUAUUUAUGAAAAAACAGUAAGAAAAAUAGAGAAGCUAAAUAUGGAUCAGGAAUGCUGUCCUCAUGUCCAGUGCCAUCAUCAUAUUGUUCAGGAGCCCCAGAUCAUCCAUGUUCCCCACUGCCAACAAUCCCAUUCUAGCCAACAAGUCCACACUUUCUUAGAAAGUGAUUCAGUUUCUAGGAACACUGAAAAUGAAUUGCACUGUGGUGAAUCAAGACAAGUGAUAAUUCAAGAUGAUAGUCCUGAAAAAUUGGACCCCAAAUAUUUUGGAGAGUUGCUUGCUGACCUAAAUCGUAAAAACACAGAUCUGUACCACUGCUUAUUAGAACAUUUGCAGAGAAUUGGAGGAAGCAAGCAAGAGUUUGAGUCUACAAAUGAGUCAGAAGACAUUGAAUCAUUGAUUCCCAAAGGACUGUCAGAAUUUACAAAACAGCAAAUACGCUAUAUUCUUCAGAUGAGGGGCAUGUCAGACAAGUCACUUCGGCUAGUGUUGUCUACAUUCAGCAAUAUACGGAAAGAACUUGAACAUCUUCAAAAUGAUUUGACUUUACUUGAAAAUGACAAGAUUAGAUUUGAGAAAGAUUUGGCAUUCAAAGAAACUCAAAUAAAAGAAUAUGAAGAACUCUUGGCAUCCGUGAGAGCGAAUAAUAGUCAACAGCAGAAAAGUUUUCAAGACUCUACUUCAAAAUGCCAGGCAUUGGAAGAGAGCAAUCUCACACUGCAACACACUUUAUCAGACAUGGAAUAUAAGUUGAAAGAACUAGAAUAUUGUAAACAUAAUUUAGAGCAAGAAAAUAAAAAUCUUAGAAUGCAGGUAUCUGAGACUCACACUGGCCCAAUUCUGCAGGCAAAAAUGAAUGAAAUUGGCAACCAUUACAUGGAGAUGGUGAAAAAUUUGAGAAUGGAAAAAGAUAGAGAGAUCUGCAAGCUGAGGACUCAGUUAAAUCAGUACCAGAAAGAUAUUUCAAGAAGAGAUGGAAAUUUCAGUGACUUCCAAUUCAAGUUUCAUGAACUGAAAAGCUUACUGGAAGAGAAGGAUUCCAUGAUAAAGCGUCAGUCAGAGGAGCUUUCAAAAUUGAGACAAGGAAUGUAUUUAUCUCAUUCACAACCCUCCAGUGGUGGAAGGACUACAAUUACCACAAAAAAGUAUAGGACACAGUAUCCAAUUCUAGGUCUCCUGUAUGAUGACUAUGAAUAUAUACCACCGGGUAAUGACACCCAAAGUAUUGUGAUUGAGAAAAAAGAAGAUGAUUGGAUUUGUUCAUGAAUGAAACAUCAACCUGAAGAAGCACUUCGUGAAUGUCUGCACUAGAACUUUAAAAUCAUAAAAGCCAGUCAAAAUUUUGAACCAUAUUAUGACCCAGUGAACCUAAUGGGAUGAAUUAGCUCUUCAGAUGACACAUUUUUUUCAGUCAUUUAUGAGAUGAAUCAUUUUGUUCACAUUUCUGUAUUUUAUAUUGCAAUAUAUAAAUUGAUUAUAAUUCAAUUUCUCAAUAGGACAUCCUAAAUAUUUAUAAGGUAUUGGGGCAAAAGAUUAUUCCAUUAAAAAGUUUAACUAAUGCCUGGUAUACACAACAUAUGUUUGCUUUUCUCACAUUAAAACUUGUGACUGAAA